GGUGGCCGAGGAGGACCCGCAGGAGAAGGGGAGCCGCAGCAGCCUCCGCCGCUGCUGCUGCCGUGGCCGUUGGAGCAGGAGGAGCGUCGCCCUCGUCCUGCCGCCGCACUCUCGCCGUCCCCGCUCGCCGCCCUCCAUGCUUCUCCCCCGUCCGGCUGACCAGGAUGUCAACCGAGCAGCAGAGCCUGACGCCGCCGCCGCUCCGAGAGCCGGGGGUUUCCCCCACGGCCGCGGCCGCCGCGACAGACAAAAGACCGAGGGGCCGGCCUCGUAAAGAUGGCGCUUCCCCUUUCCAGAGAGUCAGGAAGAAGCCUCGAAAUAGAGGAAAACCUACGGUGGAGGAUGAAGACAGCAUGGAUGGAUUGGAGGCAACAGAAACGGAAAACACUGUGGAAGUUGCAGAUACCAGGGAACAAUUUACAGAGGAGGAUGCCCAAAGUGAAGUGGACGAUGACAAGAAGGCAACCCCAGAUCUCCAGUGCUCAGUCUCUGUGGACUCUGCCAACACCAAUUGUUCGAUUGGGGUUGAAGCAAAAAGCAGCAGUGAACAGGUCUGCGCUUUUUGUUACUGUGGGGAACGCAGCUCAUUAGGACAAGGCGAGCUUAAACAAUUCAGUCCAACUCCAGGGUUUAUUGCUCCAUGGAACAACCAGCCCUUAAAUAUCAAUGAAACUGUUGACAGCAACGAUACCAUUGAUGAGAGUAUUCCAAGGCAGAACCCAGUCCUCCACAAAGCAAGAGGACAAAAAAAAGAACAGAAUAUAACAGCCUGUACCUGUAUAAACAUUGAAGCUACUCCUGAUGAUCAGGUAGUCAAAGUCUGGGAUGAACUUAGAAUGGUUGGCUUACCAGAUGACAUUGAUGUCCAAGCCUUAUUUGAACCAACAGGCUAUUGUUGGGCUCAUCACCGCUGUGCGGAAUGGUCACUGGAAGUUUGCCAGACAGAAGAGCAGCUGCCAGCGAACGUGGACAAAGCUGUUGUCUCAGGGAGCACAAAACGAUGUGCAUACUGCAAGCACCUUGGAGCCACUAUCAAAUGCUGUGAAGAGAAAUGCACCCACAUAUAUCAUUACCCAUGUGCUGCUGGAGCAGGCACAUUUCAGGAUUUUAAUAACUUUUCCCUUCUUUGCCCAGAUCACAUCGACCAGGCUCCGCAAAGAUCCAAGGAAGAAGCUAACUGUGCAGUGUGUGACAGCCCAGGUGACCUGUUAGAUCAACUUUUUUGUACAACCUGUGGCCAGCAUUACCAUGGAAUGUGCCUGGAUAUACAAGUGACACCUAUCAAACGGGCAGGUUGGCAGUGCCCUGAUUGUAAAGUGUGCCAGAACUGCAAGCAGUCUGGAGAUGACAACAAAAUGCUUGUCUGCGAUACAUGUGACAAAGGGUAUCAUACUUUUUGUUUGCAGCCAGUUAUGGAUUCUGUACCAACAAAUGGGUGGAAGUGCAAAAACUGCAGGGUAUGUGCAGAAUGUGGCACACGGAUCAGUAGCCAAUGGCAUCAUAACUGCCUUAUGUGUGACAGUUGUUAUCGUCAACAAGAUAACCUGCCUUGCCCUUUCUGCGAAAAAUCCCCCUAUCCAAACUUGCAAAAAGAAAGGUUGCAUUGUCAUAUGUGUAAAAGGUGGAUACAUAUAGGAUGUGAUAAGCCUUCUGACAAUGAACUGGAUAUUCAUUUAAAAGAAUAUAUUUGCAGUCUUUGCAAACAUUCAGAUGUAGAUCAAGAACAUACAGAAAUGUGUGAGAUGAUGGAGACUGAACAACUUUUACCUGAAGUUGACACAGAAAUGGAAAACAUAGAUUCAGAAGACAUAGGAAAUCAGAAGCCGUUAGUACCUGAAGGUGGCCUUGAUCAAGAAUUGGUGGUUGAGACUUCUACAGAUACUGCCCUUUCUUUGACAGCACAAGAUCAUAUAUGCCUCUCAUUAGAUGAAAAGAAAUACGAACUGGAGACCCAGGUCUCCAAUCAUUUUGAUACAGAAGAAGGGGAAACUUCUGUUAAAAAUACUCCUGCGUCUGAUAGCAAUCUCUCUGAUAAAAAGAGGGAAACCCCAGAAAAUAUUCCAGAAAUAACACAGCAAGAAUCAGAUAAACAAGCUGAAGAAACAAAACCAUCAGAGACAAGCACUGAGUUGGUGGAAGUGCCCCAGGAGGAAUGUCAGCUUCUUCAGAUGGAACCAGAGAAUAAAUCCAAGAUACCUGAAACUUUCAUUUUGGUCGGCAAAGAGCCAAUCUCCAGUCCUAAGGAAGAACAGUCUGAAACAGUAGCAGUUCUAGAAAGUACAAACGGAAGAGAGACUCCUGAAGUGUCACCUCUUCCUCAAAGUGAAAAUUGUGCAACUGAGAGUUGCCAAUUGGCAGACAAGCCUUCCGAACCAUCGCCCAAGAUGUUUUCCCCACGCCCAUCCUCUGUUGAAAUAAGCAAACCUGUUGAUGGAUCCUCCUUGCCAACAUCUUCAUUAGAGCCAAGUGCAUCCCAUGAUAUGCUGCGAUGUCAGAUGUCGCCAUUAGAGUCUGCUGCGGUCCUUCCAACCACAUUUGUAUCCCUCACUCCAAAAAUUGGAAUGGGAAAACCUGCUAUCACUAAAAGAAAGUUUUCUCCCGGGAGACCAAGGUCAAGACAGGGUACUUGGAAUAGCCAUAAUACAGCAAGCCCACCUUCCUGGUCCCAGGAUAUUUUAGAGGGUCGAGAAGCAUUUAAAUCUAGACAACUACCUGGCAGUGCUAUUUGGAGCAUCAAAGUGGGUCGUGGAUCGGGGUUUCCAGGGAAGCGGAGACCACGAGGUGCAGGACUUUCUGGAAGAGGUGGGCGAGGGAGAUCAAAAUUGAAGAAUGGAAUAGGAUCAAUUCUUGCUACAGGGGUCACAGAUAUGGAUAACUUAUCCAACAAAGAUGAAGAAGAAAACUCAAUGCAUAAUACAGUUGUCCUGUUCUCUAGCAGUGACAAGUUUACUUUACAUCAGGACAUGUGUGUAGUUUGUGGGAGUUUUGGACAAGGUGCAGAAGGCCAAUUACUAGCCUGCUCACAGUGUGGUCAGUGUUAUCAUCCGUUCUGUGUGGGUAUUAAGAUUACAAAAGUGGUGCUCCACAAGGGUUGGAGAUGUCUGGAGUGUACUGUGUGUGAAGCCUGUGGAAAGGCUACAGAUCCAGGAAGGUUACUUCUUUGUGAUGACUGUGAUAUCAGCUACCACACUUACUGCCUGGAUCCACCACUACAGACAGUUCCCAAAGGAGGUUGGAAGUGUAAAUGGUGUGUUUGGUGCAGACACUGUGGAGCUACUUCUCCUGGUUUAAGAUGUGAAUGGCAAAAUAAUUACACACAGUGUGCUCCUUGUGCAAGUUUAUCCACCUGCCCAGUCUGCUGUUGCAAUUACAGAGAAGAAGAGCUUAUUGUGCAGUGCAGACAGUGUGACAGAUGGAUGCACACUGUCUGUCAAAAUUUAAACACAGAAGAAGAAGUGGAAAACACAGCAGAUAAUGGUUUUGACUGCACCAUGUGUAGACCGUAUAUGCCAUCAGCAAAUGUGCCUUCCUUUGAAUUUUGUGAAUCAUCCAUUGCAGCCCAAAUUCCAUUAAAAGCAAAGGAACUUGACCCACCGAAGACGUACACUCAGGAUGGUGUCUGUUUGACCGAAACAGGGAUGUCUCAGUUACAGAGCCUCAGUGCUAUUGUACCAAGAAGGAAAAGGGCAAAGCCAAAGCUGAAGUUGAAGAUUAUAAACCAGAAUAGUGUCGCUGUACUUCAAACACCACCUGAUGUCCAAUCAGAACAUUCAAGAGAUGGUGAGAUGGAUGACAGUAGAGGAGAUCUUAUGGAUUGUGAAGGAAAAUCAGAUACAAGUCCUGAACGAGAACCUAUAGAUGAUGAUCCUAAGGGAAUAGAAGCAACUGAAGGGAUCAAAAAAAGAAAGAGAAAGCCAUAUAGACCUGGCAUUGGUGGAUUCAUGGUACGGCAGCGGAGUCGUACAGGACAAGGAAAAAUUAGAAGAUCUCUCUCUAGAAAAGAUUCUUCUGGUUCUGUAUCUGAGCAAAUACUCAGCAGAGAUGAAAGUUGGAGUGAACAACUGCCUGAUACACUUGUGGAUGAAACUAUGUCUGUUUCUGAAAAUAUGGAAAAAAUGAAAAAACGUUAUAGGAAAAAGAAAAAUAAGCUUGAGGAAAUUUUUCCAGCGUAUUUGCAGGAAGCCUUCUUUGGAAAAGAACUUUUGGAUACUAGCAGGCAAAGCAAGCCACGUUUGGAUAAUUUUUGUGAUAAAAGCCUCAGCAUUUCCUGCAAAGCAAGACUGAACACCAACUUCUUAGACCCAUCUUCAGAUCCACUUUUGAGUUCGACUUCGACUUCCACUCCCUCAAAAUCUGGUGCACAAGGUACUCUGGAUGACCCAUUAGCUGCCCUUGUGCUGAACACUGAGGAUGACAUCCUUGGAAUUCUCUCAGAUGAUUUAGUGAAACCUGGGGAUCAUUCAGGUCUUGAUUUAUGCCCUUUCCAGGUUGAGAACUCCUCUUCCCCUUUUGCUGGACUAGAUAUUGGGCCUAUCACUGAUGAUCCUUCGACCUCGCUGCCUCUGCAGAACGUUAGCCAGAGUACCCGGCCACUGAGUGAAGAACAGUUAGAUGGGAUCUUGAGCCCAGAAUUGGACAAGAUGGUCACAGAUGGUGCAAUUCUUGGUAAAUUAUAUAAGAUUCCAGAACUGGGAGGAAAAGACGUGGAAGACUUAUUUACUGCUGUACUGAGUCCUGCAGCCACACAGACAGCUCCUUUGCCACAGCCUCCACCCCCACCUCCACCACAGUUAAUGCACUUGCACAACCAAGGGGAGAAUGCAUUUUCAAGAAUUCCACUUAUGAAUGGCCUAAUUGGACAAACUCCUCAUCUCCCUCAUACACCCUUAGUGCCUGGAGGUGGAUUAGGAACUUUCACUACUAUAACACAACCAUCCUACACCGAUACCAGAGAUAAAAACACAGUAUUUAAUGCAGUGAUUAAUGAUCCUACCAAUCCUUGGAUUGCAACUGCAACGCCUUUGGAAGGAGAAAAUGAUACCAUGUCUAAUGCACAGAGGAGUACUCUGAAAUGGGAAAAAGAGGAAGCACUUGGUGAGAUGGCAACAGUAGCACCUGUUUUAUACACAAAUAUCAAUUUUCCAAACCUCAAAGAAGAGUUUCCAGACUGGACUACCAGAGUCAAGCAGAUUGCCAAGCUCUGGAGAAAGGCAAGCUCUCAAGAAAGAGCCCCAUACGUGCAAAAAGCCAGAGAUAAUAGGGCUGCUUUACGGAUUAACAAAGUACAAAUGUCCAAUGAUUCAAUGAAGAGGCAGCAACAGCAGGAUAACAUUGAUCCUGGAUCUCGUAUUGAAACUGAUCUCUUCAAGGAUCCAUUAAAACAGAGAGAAUCUGAACAUGAGCAAGAAUGGAAAUUUAGGCAGCAAAUGCGUCAAAAAAGUAAACAGCAAGCUAAAAUUGAAGCAACUCAGAAACUUGAGCAAGUGAAAAAUGAGCAGCAGCAACAGCAGCAGCUGCAGCAGCAACAGCAGCAGUUGCAGCAGCCACAACUAGGAUCACAACAGCUUGUAAACCAAUCAGGCUCAGAUACCCCUAGCAGUGGGAUGCAAAGUCCUUUAACCCCUCAGACCAGCAAUGGAAAUAUGUCUCCUGCACAGCAAGCAUUAUAUGCAAAACAGCUGCCUGGUCCUUCUACAGCUACUCCUCCUGAUGUUUUCCUAAAACCCCCAGCCCCACCUCCACCUAUGGCUGCUAAUCGAAUGUCUGCUCAAGAAGGUCAUUGUCAGACUCCACAACAAACAUUUUCUUCUUCCCCCUCCGCUCAGCCACCUUCUCCGGUUGACCCAUAUGCAAAAAUGGUGGGAACUCCCAGGCCACCACCUGUUAACCAAAAUCCAAAAUUUGUCAGGAGAAAUUCUGCUACGUCAGCAGAGGCCUGUCCACUGCCUUCGAUAUCCAGGCCAACUCAAGUUUCUGAAUCAAUGGGAAGGAGACCAUCACCAGCCAGAGAUCCGUGUUCUUUGUCUCCAGGCACUAGUGAUCCUUAUGCAAAACCUCCAGAUACACCGAGACCUGUAAUUGGAACAGAACAGUUCUCUAAACCUUUGGGGAUGUCAAGAUCACCUUUAAUUUCAGAACAGCCAGCAAGCAGUGACCAAUUUGCUAAGCCACCUCCAAGAACAGGAGGUGAUACUUUUCAGAGACCACGGAUCUCUUCUACUGAUUCAUGUUUACGGCCUUCAUUAACUUCAACAUCUGUUAUUGAAGGGCAUUCCAGCCCAUUUAAAACACCAGCGUGCCCAAAUCCAUCUUCUCAAGAUUCUUACACAAAAAUGCCACCUACUUUAAGGAGAGUAGCUGUGGAUCCUUAUGAAAGGCCUCUUUUGACACCAAGGCCUGUAGAUAGUUUUGCACACAAUCCAUCUAAUGAUUCUUACAGCCAGUCUCAGUUGGCUUCGCACUCGGCAAUAAAGGAUACUUUUGCCCAUCCACAAAGAGUGUUGCGAAAUCAGGGUGAUUAUUCUGGAGCUCUUUCAAGGACAGUUGCUCAGGAUCCAUAUGCCCAGCCUCCUGGCACCCCUCGCCCAGUCACAGACCCUUAUGCCCAGCCUCCUGGCACCCCNGACCCUUAUGCCCAGCCUCCUGGCACCCCUCGCCCAGUCACAGACCCUUAUGCCCAGCCUCCUGGCACCCCUCGCCCAGUCACAGACCCUUAUGCUCAGCCUCCUGGCACCCCUCGACCUGUUUCAGUUGACCCAUAUAUGCAUCAGUCACUUGCAUCAAGACCUCCACAGGCUGCAGACUUAUUUGCUCAGGUUUCAGCUAAUCAGAGGCAUUCUGAUCUGUAUGCCCAGCCUCCAGGUACACCAAUGCCAGUUACUAAUGAUCUGUAUUCUCAGUCACCAGCAACUCAAAGAUCUGGAAUUUCAGAAACUUUCAGUAGACCUAUUCCCAUGUCAAAUCGUGAUCCUUAUCUGCAGGCAUCUCAGAGCAGGACUUUAUCUGGGACUUUUGUCAAGCCAUCAGAUCCUUCUCAACCUUCAAAGCUAUCAGGGUCUACAGUGGCAGAUUCUUUUAGCCACGACCCCUCACCUUGUGAUCCUUUUGACCAGCCUCCAAUGACUCCAAGAUCUCAACCCGAAACCUUUGGAACAGUUCAGCACCCCCAAGAUGACCAAUCUAGAAGUGGGCCAGAGGGAAAUUUCAAUUCCUCAGUAAAUUCAUCCAUGAAUUUGCAGGGAAAACUAUUUUCACAGACCACACAAGGUUCUGUCCCAGGCCCAACUGCAGGACUAACCCAGAACAGCGCAAUGUCUCAUACAGAUGCAGAGAAAUUAAGACAGCGCCAGAAGUUACGUGAAAUUAUUCUUCAGCAGCAGCAACAAAAGAAAAACGCAAUCCGUCAAGAAAAAGCCCCACCAGAGCCUAUUGUAGCAACUCCAGUGGCACCUAUUCAGCCAUGGCAGCAAGAAAAUCUGAAUCAAAUUUUCACCCGACCACCACCUCCAUAUCCUGGCAACAUUAGACCAUCUACCAUUCCUCCAGGUGGACUAAGGCUGGCAGGUUUUCCUAUUGAUGGGCAACUGAAUAGACCUCAAUUUCCAGGAGAUGCUGUUGGCAUGGGGAUGAGGCCUCAUGGAAUUAGAUUUGGCUUUCCCAGUGGUGGCCAUGGACCUCCCCCUUGCCAAGAUCAUUUUCUUGGUCCAUCACCACAAAUGCAACAUGCUGGUGUCCCACCACAGUUUAGAAGAUCCAUGCCUAUAGAUCUGCCUAGGCUACCUAACAAACCACCAAUGAAUAAUCCCAUUGGUUUGCCACAGCAUUUCCCACCGCAAGGUAUCCAGGUUCAACAGCACAAUAUAAUGGGGCAGGCCUUCAUUGAGCUUUGUCAUAGAACGCCUGAAGUCAGACCAAGACUGCCUUUUAUUUCUUCAUCAACUACUAUUAUGAACACUGUUCCUGAGCAUCAACAACAAACUGAAAUUCUACCUAGACAGGAUCGUCAGGGCCCAAGACAUCUAGAACCCACCAGAUGUAAUUCUCAAAAUCCAGAUAAUCCGUUGCAGAGUUCAACAGGCUUGGAGCAUUUAGCACCAUCCCAGCAGGAUAAAAUGAAUCCAUCUCAUCCACCUGCACUAGUCAUGUGUUCCUUAAAUCAUCCAUCAAUAAAUAAUGCAUUUUCAGGAGACUCUUUGCCAACCACAAGACCUACUGAUGCAACAAAUGACUUACAAGUGCCCAGUCAGCCCACUGAUACCUUAGAAGAUAAACUCGAUCCUGAUGACCCCUCUGUGAAAGAUUUAGAUGUUAAAGACCUUGAUGGUGUUGAGGUUAAGGAUUUGGUUGAUGAAGAUCUUGAAAAUUUAAAUUUAGAUGCGGAAGAUAAAGGUGAUGAAUUGGACACAUUAGAUAAUCUUGAAACUAAUGACCGUCAUCUUGAUGAUCUUCUGAGAUCAGGAGAAUUUGACAUAAUUGCAUAUACUGAUCCAGACCAUGAUUUGGGUGACAAAAAGGGUAUGUUCAAUGAAGAGCUGGAUCUUAAUGUCCCCAUAGAUGAUAUACAGGCCAAGGCAGAAGACAGUCUGCAAAAACAUUCAGAUGAUAAGACUUCUGUUCCUGAAGUGUCUGUUCCUACUCAGAAAAAAGCUGCUGAGAACAUUGAGACUAAAACAGAAAUGCUUUCUCCAAUUGAAGAAGCUACAUGUAAUCAUGAAAAAAAUGACAAAAAUGUGGCAGCUUCUAGUGCUCAGCAUGAUGGAGAAACCAAACCUGUUUUGCCUUGUAAUGUGGAAGAAACUGAUAAAGCAAAUAUGAAUGAGGAAACCACAGCAUCCACUUCAGAUGCAGUUCAGUUACCUAGUCAAAAUAAAACAAAUUCUUGUAAUACCUCUGGAUCUACUCCAGUUCUUACAAGCUUACUCACUCAUGGCAAUUCCGAAAAUCCUGACACGAGGUUAUUAGAAUCUCCUCGCUCCUUCCGGACAACCCAAACAAAUCCCAUUUCCAGUAUCCCACAAUCUUUGAUUACAUCCACAAGUCAAAACAUGGAAAAUGUGUUACCUGAUGUGAACAUGGUUCCACCAGUAGGCCAUAUUUUGUCACAAGGAACUGCAGUAAAUUCAGGCUUUAUUUCUGGCCAGCCCCUCAAUCCCAGUUUAGGGGUAGGGCAGCCUGGAAGCCAAACAGGGCCUGUGGUAAAUAGGCCUGCUCCUGGUGGCAUUCCUGGUCCUCAGCAGCUGGUGCUUUCUCAGACAUUGGUCCAACAGCAGAAUCGGGAGAGGCCUCUGCUUUUGGAAGAGCAGCCUCUCUUGCUACAAGAUCUUUUGGAUCAAGAAAGGCAAGAGCAGCAGCAGCAACGACAGAUGCAAGCCAUGAUUCGCCAGCGGUCUGAACCAUUUUUCCCUAACAUUGAUUUUGAUGCAAUUACUGAUCCUAUAAUGAAGGCGAAAAUGGUAGCUCUGAAAGGGAUCAAUAAAGUUAUGGCACAGAACAAUAUGGGGAUGCCACCAUUGGUCAUGAACAGAUUUGCCUUUAUGGGUCAGACAGGACCUGGAGCCCAGAGCAGUGAAGGCCAGCAUUUAAUACCACAAGCAGUUACACAGGAUGGUAACCUAACACCUCAGAUGUCUAGACCAAAUCCUCCAAAUUUUGGUCCUGGAUUUGUAAAUGAUUCAUAUAGAAAGCAAUACGAAGAAUGGCUACAAGAAACUCAGCAGCUUCUCCAAAUGCAGCAGAAGUAUCUCGAAGAGCAAAUUGGAGCACACCGAAAAUCAAAGAAAGCCCUCUCUGCAAAGCAGCGCACAGCAAAGAAAGCUGGACGUGAGUUCCCAGAGGAGGAUGCAGAGCAGCUGAAACACGUCACUGAGCAGCAGAGCAUGGUUCAAAAACAGCUUGAACAGAUACGAAAGCAGCAGAAAGAGCAUGCAGAGCUGAUUGAAGAAUACCGGAUAAAACAGCAGCAGUCUGGAAUGGGACCCCAUUCAGGGAUGCCAGGCCUUGCUUCGCAGCCCCCCAUGGUCCCUGGAGGGUCAUCACCAGCCAUAGGCCAGCAGAAUUUCCCAAUGAUAUCCCAGCAGCUUCAGCAUCCACAGCACAAAGUUGGCCAACCCAAUCCACCCAGAAUCCCAUGCUUGCCCAGCUGGCAACCUCCAAAUACUCCAGUACUUUUCUCCCACAAUGCACCACGAAUGCCGCCUUCAGUUCCCCAGCUGCCAGUUAAUCCUGGGACACCUGCUCCUGUGUUAGCCCCCAGCCCCAGUGUGCAGUCCGGCCCCCCACCUCGUGUGGAGUUUGAUGACAAUAACCCAUUUAGCGAAAGCUUCCAGGAACGAGAGAGAAAAGAGCGUUUGCGGGAGCAGCAGGAAAGGCAACGAAUCCAGCUUAUGCAGGAAGUGGAUCGACAGAGAGCACUGCAACAGAGGAUGGAAAUGGAGCAGCAUGGCACAGUGAGCUCCGAAUUAAGUGCUAGAACAUCCUUCCCUCAAAUACCUUACCUCGGUUCAGAUCGAACUUGUGAUUUUAUGAGACCACCACAGCCCCUUCAGCAGUCUCCGCAGCAACCACCACCACCACCACAGCAGCAGAUAGGAACUAUUUUGCAACCAGGGCCCUUAAACUCUCCUCCCACUCCCAGUUUUCCACCAUGCAGUGAGCAGCUGCAGGCAGGAUCUUCCCCUUUUGCACCUGAUUCAGCCCCAGUUCAAGGUGGAAGCUCUGCUUACCAUUCUGCUAAGCAGCCCCACGGAAGUGUUUCUGGAGUCAGCUUUACCCAGUCCUUGCCUAGGCCCCAGUUUGCCAGUGGCGUGCCUGCAGUUUCUCCAGGAACUAGCAGUGUUCUGGCCUGCGGUCAGGACUCCAGCCUGCCACCUGCAACAAACUUUGCUGGGACAAAUCCAGCAAACCAGUCUCUGAUUCAACUGUAUUCUGAUAUCAUUCCUGAGGAGAAGGGCAAAAAGAAAAGAACAAGAAAGAAGAAAAAGGAGGAUGACACUGACUCUGUGAAUACACCAUCAACGCCUCAUUCAGAUAUAACUGCUCCACCAACUCCAGUUGUUGGGGAUGCUGUGUCCACCCCAACUCUUAGCACUCCUGGGGAGCUUGCACGCAACUCGGGAGAAACUGAGAAAGAAGAGCUGCCAGAUGCAGCAACACCAAAUGCUGCAGAGGGUGAGCCAUCCUUAGAGCUGAAAGCUCAACUUGCCGAAAGCAAUUUGCCACAAAACGAACUCCCUGAACCGUCGAGUCUAAACCCAGAAACGGACACGGCCAAGGCCGAUAUCUCUGCAAACCUUCAAGAAAUUGGACCAGAAAAGGCAGAAGUUGAUCAGUGCUCCAGUCAAACUGUGUCUAAGAUGAAGACUGAAAGGGAUGUUGACGUGGAAGAUGAUAAAGCUGCCAUUCAGCUUUCCCCUCCUGCACAGAAUCUGGCACCACCUGCCAACACCCCACCUGCAAAAGUGGAGUCAGGGAAUGAACUCCUCAAACACCUGCUUAAGAACAAAGCAGCCGCCAGUCAUGUCAGUCAGAAAUCAGAAAGCAGCUUCCACCUUCCAGAGAAUGCUGAGGAGAAUAAAUUAAUCGAAAAACAGGAAUUGGCUGAAAGCAGCAUGCCAUUAGGGAACCCAUUGCAAGGCUCAUUAAGUUGUGGUAAUAGCCAAGUUCAGAGAUCAGAUUUAGGACAAGAAAUGAAGAAACAGAGAAACAAACGAACUCAGAGGACAGGUGAAAAAGCAACAUCUCGGCCUAAAAGGAAAAAAAAAGAGGAGGAAGAAAAACAGACGGUUUUUCCUAACACAGAAACCUUCAUGCAGUUGAAACAGCAACUCUCCUUGCUGCCUUUAAUGGAGCCAAUGAUUGGAAUGAGCUUCGCCCACUUCCUCCCAUAUGGUAGCAGUCGUCAGAGUAGUGGAAGUCGACUUGUGGGAACUUUCGGUAGUGCUACGCUUGAUGGGGUAUCUGAUUACUAUUCUCAGCUAAUCUACAAGCAAAAUAAUCUCAGUAAUCCACCUACACCUCCAGCAUCCCUUCCUCCUACACCUCCACCUGUGACUUGCCAAAAAAUUGUGAAUGGAUUUGCAACAACUGAAGAACUUGCUACCAAAGCUGGAAUGUUGGGAGGAUCUGAUGCUUUAGGUUCAAAGCAGUUUCAGCUGCCUUUCAGGCCACAGGAUGAUUUGUUAGCCAGGGCCAUAAUUCAGGGUCCUAAGAGUGUGGAUGUCCCUGCUUCUCUUCCAACCCCGCCUCAUAACAAUCAUGAAGAGCUCAGGAUUCAGGAUCCUUGUGAUGAUAGAGAAAGUCCAGAUAGCUUUGUUCCUUCUUCUUCCCCUGAGAGCGUCAUGGGCAUGGAAAUAAGCAGGUACCCAGAUCUAUCAGCAGUAAAAGAAGAGAUGCCACAGUCCGUUCCAUCUCCUGUCAUUCCAAUUCUGCCAACAAGUUCUGGAAAGGGUUCAGAGGCAAAGCAAAAUUUCAUCAAAAUGGAGCCUUGUUCAACUUUCUUCAGUUCUCAACUUGGACUUGCCCCAAAUAACACAGAAUCUGGGCUUGUGUCCAUUGCCAUUACUUUGCAUCCUACAGCUGCAGAGAAUAUUGGUAGUGUGGUGGCUGCGUUCUCCAAUCUUCUGCAUGUCAGAAUUCCAAACAGCUAUGAAAUUAGCACUGCAUCUGAUGCUCCAUCAUCCAUCGGAAUAAUGAAUCCACACAGAACUAAUCCAGCAUUUGAGUACAGGCAACAUGUACUACUUCAUGGUCCUCAGUCAGGAACCUUUGGCCCUCCUGGACUGACAGGGCCUUAUGGGCUCAAGCCACACAACGCCCCAUUUUUAUCAAGCGGAAAUGUUUUGUCAGGUUAUAAAGCACAAAGUCCAAAUGUUGUGGAUGGUUCAGCAUUAAGGUCACAGUGGUGUUCUCAUUGUAAAGUGGUAGUACUGGGGAGUGGAGUACGAAAAUCUUUCAAAGAACUACAUUUCCUGAAACAGGAUUCCAAGGAAAAGUCUGAGAGAAUAGAGAAAGACAUUGUCUUCUGUAGUAACAAUUGCUUAGUUCUUUAUUCAGCCUCCAUGCAAGCAAAAAGUUCAGAAAGCAAGGAAUCUGUCCCUCCUGAAAUCCAAUUUCCAAUGAAAGAACCUCCAAAAAGUUUCCACCAAUAUAGUACCAACAUCUCCACGUUUGACGUUCACUGCCUCCCUCAACUGCAGGAAAAGAAUUCUCCCCCCUCAUCACCCCUCAUUAUUUUUCCUCCUGCCUUUGAAGCUGCCAAAGUGGAGCCCAAACCAGAAGAACUUAAGGUAACCGUGAAAUUGAAACCCCGCUUAAGAACUGUUCCCAAUGGCCUUGAUGACUGUCGACCGGCGAACAAGAAAUGGAAAGGAAUGAAAUGGAAAAAAUGGAAUGUACAGAUUGUGAUUCCUAAAGGAACGUUCAAACCCACUUGUGAAGAGGAGAUAGAUGAGCUUCUCAAGAAACUGGGCACAACCCUUAAACCUGAUCCUGCCCUGAAAGACUACCGAAAAUGCUGUUUCUGCCAUGAAGAGGGCGAUGGGCUAACUGAUGGACCAGCCAGGCUUCUGAAUCUGGAUUUAGACCUCUGGGUUCAUUUGAACUGCGCUCUUUGGUCUACUGAGGUCUAUGAGACACAAGCUGGUGCCUUAAUCAAUGUUGAGCUUGCUCUGCGAAGGGGCUUGCAAAUGAAAUGCGUGUUCUGCCACAAGAUGGGUGCUACCAGCGGCUGCCACAGGUUAAGGUGCACCAAUGUUUAUCACUUCACCUGUGCCAUUAAAGCACAAUGCAUGUUUUUCAAAGACAAAACUAUGCUUUGCCCAAUGCACAAACCGAAGAGCACUCAUGAGCAAGAACUCAGUUAUUUUGCGGUCUUCAGGCGAGUCUACGUCCAACGGGAUGAAGUCCGACAGAUCGCUAGCAUCGUACAGAGGGGGGACCGUGAGCACACCUUCCGGGUGGGGAGCCUGAUCUUCCACAGUAUCGGUCAGCUGCUGCCCCACCAGAUGGUUGCCUUCCACUCUUCAAAGGUGCUCUACCCAGUGGGGUUUGAGGCCAGCCGGUUGUAUUGGAGCAUACGAUACACUAACCGCCGUUCCCGCUACCUGUGUUCCAUUGAAGAGAAGGAUGGCUUCCCCUUGUUUGUGAUCAGGGUGAUUGAGCAAGGACACGAAGAUAUGAUUCUGACCGGCCUGACUCCAGAAGAUGUUUGGGAUAAAAUCCUUGAGCCUGUUGCAUCUAUACGGAAAACCUCCGAAAUGCUCCAGCUAUUCCCUGUGUAUCUCAAGGGCGAAGAUCUUUUUGGCCUGACUGUCUCUGCAGUGGCUAGAAUAGCUGAAUCACUUCCUGGGGUUGAGGCCUGUGAGCGUUACACCUUCCGUUAUGGCCGAAACCCCCUCAUGGAGCUGCCUCUCGCCAUCAACCCCACUGGCUGCGCUCGUUCUGAGCCCAAAAUGAGCAGCCAUGUCAAGAGGUUUGUGUUAAGGCCUCAUACCUUGAAUAGCACCAGCACUUCAAAGUCAUUUCAGAGCACAGUGACAGGAGAACUAAAUGCACCUUACAGUAAGCAGUUUGUUCAUUCAAAGUCUUCUCAGUAUCGGAAAAUGAAGACUGAAUGGAAGUCCAAUGUCUACUUGGCACGAUCGCGUAUUCAGGGCCUGGGUUUAUAUGCUGCUAGAGACAUUGAAAAGCACACUAUGGUAAUUGAAUAUAUUGGAACCAUCAUUCGCAAUGAAGUAGCCAACAGGAAGGAGAAGCUUUAUGAAUCUCAGAAUCGUGGAGUAUACAUGUUCCGCAUUGAUAAUGAUCAUGUUAUUGAUGCCACAUUGACUGGAGGUCCUGCAAGGUACAUUAACCAUUCCUGUGCACCCAACUGUGUGGCUGAAGUGGUAACCUUUGAACGGGGACAUAAAAUCAUAAUUAGCUCUAACCGGAGAAUCCAGAAAGGGGAAGAGCUGUGUUAUGAUUAUAAAUUUGAUUUUGAAGAUGACCAGCACAAGAUUGCAUGUCACUGUGGGGCUGUAAACUGCCGAAAAUGGAUGAACUAGAUGCAUUCCUUACUCUCUCUGAGGGCUGCGUGUCCCAAGGAAGAAGUGAUUUUUGAUGCUGUUCAUUUGCAGGGUGGGGAUGUGUUAUGUGUAUGAAAACAAUCACUUCUCUCAAGUUAUCUCUUCUACUCCAGUGUAAAGUGAGCACCAGAAGCCAGCUGGCAGAAUAUGGAGUUAGGCCUGGCUUCCAGGCACCCAGAAUGGAAACUGAUCUCCAGACCAGUCCAGCACUUUUGAUUUCAUUAAAAGAUAAAUUUCUUUUCACUAAAGAGAAAUCAGACUCGGGCAGAGAAGCUGUGGCUGACCUGCUGAAGGGCAGUGGGGCACUAAUGAAUGUAGACUGAAAUCACCAGCGUAAGGGAGAUAUCCAAAGUGCUGGCCACAGCCUUACUUACUAAAGGGGCAGGCCCUCUAAAAACAGGAAAAAAAUUAAAAACGUAGACACCACUGAACAAGGAAUGUACUGAAAUGACUUCCUUAGGGAUAGAGCUAAGGGAAAAAUAACUUGCACUAAAAUACAUUUAAAAUACUUGAUUCCAUGAGUCAGUUUAUUGUAGUUUUGAUUUCUGUAAAAUAAGAGAAACUUUUUGUAUUUAUUAUUGAAUAAGUGAAUGAAGCUAUUUUUAAAAGGAAAAGUUAGAAGCCAAGCUGCUGCUGUUACCUGCAGAACUAACAAACCCUGUUACUUUGUACAAAAAAUGUAAAUAUUUUGAGGAUAAAAGUUCAGUAUAAAAAAUAGGAAUUGACCAAAUGCUACCAGAUCUUGCAGCAGUUCGGGUGCUUAUUAAACUUAAUAGGGAUGUUACAAUAUGAUUUCAUGUAUUAAACAUGUCAUUACAAUUGUCAUGGGUAACCAAAAUCUCAAUUUAAGAGAGAUUUUACUUUAUUUUUUUAAUCUUUUAAGCAGGCUCAGUUAUGCUGUAUUGACUUUUUUUUUAAAGCAGCCCUUCAGAUUGAUUAGACAGCAUGUAAAUUACAGCAGUGGUUUUUGUAGAUGUUUGAGGAAACUUAGGCUGAUCUAUUUUAUUUGUAUUAUAUUGUUACAUCCCUAUUUCUUAAAUCAGGUUUUUUUGUGUGUGUAGAAUAUGUGAUAACUGUGAAUAACUGCUAAAACCACCCAAACUAGAUGCUGAACAUUGAUUUUGUUUUCCAACAGAAAUAGUGGAGAUUAUAUGAACUGUUCAGCUUACACUAAAAUUAUGUAAUGAAACUAGGAAUGUGUAGUGAGAGCGUAAGUCAAUAGCUGCCUUCUUGAAAAGUAAAAUCAAGGAAAAAAAUUAUAGGAAUUGUGCUUUCAGCUGCAGGACUCUGCCAAUAGGAUUUUGAGGAAAAAAAAGUAAUUUAAAAUGUGUUUGUAUGAAUUGUUUUUGUUUACAUUUCUUUUAAAAAAAUAAACACUGUUUGUGUUUGCUUGUAGAACCCUAAUCAACAUUUUGAACCAGGUUAGCUUUUUUAUUUUGUACUUUUAAUUCUGGUACUGACACUUCACAGUCUAAAUAUUAAAAAAAUGAAGUUUUUUUGUGUGCACAGCUAAAGUGGACUGUAAAACUGGUAGUAUAUUCAGUGAUACAGGUCUGAACUUGUAAUGUAUAUGGCAUGAUGUAUUUUUAUCUUACAGAAUAAAUCAUUGUAUAUAUUUUUCUCUUGAUAAUAGCUGUAUGAAAUUUGUUUCUUGAAUAUUUUUCUUCUCUUGUACAAUAUUCCAACAUCCUACCAGUAUUUGUCUUACAGGUUUUUAUUCUGUUCUGUAUAAUAGUUAUCUAAUGUUGGCAAAAAUGAUUUUUUGAAGUAUACAGAGUGUUAUGGGCUUUGAAAUUUGUGGAAACAAAUUUAGAAAAUUGGCAUUUACAAAUAAAAUAUUUUACAUCUA